GCUUAGAGUAAACAUGCUGAGAGAAUUGAUGGAAAACUUAUCUCACCAAAAUAUCUAAAUUAUUGGAGCUGUGUAUACAAAUCAUACUAUAAGCAGCUUUGGUCCCUUUCUUGGAAAUUUUAACUUAAAUAGAUAUAUUCUCCACUUUCACUUGCUGCCUUUGCUAUCAUGUUGUUGAGUUUGUUUUGAGUUUUGACAAACUCAGUGGGGAUUCGAAAUUAAUCUUUAUUGUUACAAAGUUGACAAAAGAUGACGCAUAUUCUUACCCAAAUUUGUAGAUGGGUGGUGCAGCCAGAAGUGUGGAGAUUUAUAGGCUUUGCCUCAGCUGUUGUUGGACUCGUCUGUUAUGCUCUAAGCUCUUCCUUCAACUAUCUCUUUGGAGAUUGGAAUCUCUUGAAGAUUUUUCUUUACUUCGUUUUCAGUUUCAUCAUCAGCCUCAUGAUUUUCUUUGCAAAAUUAUUACAACACUCCACAAGUCUUCGGUUCAAAGCUCAUACAGCAUUUCUGGUAUUGGCAAUCACCUCUCUCUAUUCCUUUUUCUUUGAUAAAGUGGUGAAUGGAAAACCAGAUGCAUAUAGUCUCAUUUCAUGUGCUUCCUUUGCUAUCAUGUCUCUCAGUUUGUCUAGGCAAACUCAGUGCGGAUUUGAAAUCGAUCUUCUCUAUUUCUUCCUUGGAUGUCUAAUUGUGCAACUCAUGAAGAUUAAAUUACAGUUAUUUAUUGUUGGAGCAGCUUUCAGCUACUCCCUUAUUAUUCUCCGUUCUUCAUUUUCUUCAAUAGACGCUGAAGCAAAUAAUCCGCACUCUGACCUCCAAGAUGGAAAUUCGGUGGUUCUUUCUAUGGAUUCUCUACAACUUGCCAAUACUGAUAUUGCUAGUGCUAGCAAUAGCAGUAGCAUCGGUUCGCCACAAUCGGUGUUCACCACUAAUAUCAGUAGUAUGAUGGAACAACUCCAGACUUUUGUGACGGCACUUAGGCAAGAAAAUUCAGGUUUCGUUCAAAUGCUUUUGGAUCAUGUAAAAAAUUAUGUUGAAGAAUACUCUGAAUGGAGGGUGACCGAUCCUAACUACUUGAUGGAUGCACUAAAGCCAGAAACCAUCAAAGGCCUUGAGGAAAUAGCAAAGGUUAUGAUGAACGCUGGGUUUGAGAAAGAUUUUUCCGAAGUGUACAUCAAUUGCCGUAGGGAAUGCUUAAAUGAGUGCCUAAUGCAUAGACUAUUCGGGUUACAGAAGCUCAGCGUCGAGGAGGUUCAAAAUCUGCCGUGGGACAUCCUGGAAGCCCAAAUUGAGAAAUGGAUUAAGACUUUCAAUGUCGCUCUCAAGAUACUCUUUCCUGGCGAGCGACGACUCUGUGAUCGCAUUUUCUUUGGAUCCUCAUUGGCAGCUGAUUUUUCCUUCAUGGAGAUUUGCAGGGGAUACACCGUUCAGCUUCUCAAUUUUUCUGAAUUCAUCACCACUGGAAGUCGUUCCCCAGAGCGUUUGUUUAAGAUGCUGGAGGUGUUAGAAACACUGCGUCACCUAAUUCCAGAAAUCGAGUCGUUAUUUUGUGAUGAGUACAGUGCAUCUCUAAGGAAUGAAGCAAAUACCAUAUGGAAGAGAUUGGAGGAAGCAAUCAGAGGCAUAUUCAUUGAGUUGGAGGAUCUAAUUGACAGUCCCUCACUUUAUGGGCAGAAGCCUAGGAAUAUAGACGAAUUGGAGUUCAAUUUGAAUGCAAAGUCCAAAUUCUACGAUGGCUCUUCUUUAGGUGAUAUUUUUUUGAUGAAUAAUGACACAUACAUAGUCCCAAUUACAAAAGAAAAUGAACUAGAAACCCUUUUGGGGAAAGAUUGGAUCCUACAAUAUGCUCUGAAAGUUUGGCACAACAACGGACAAUAUAAAAUGGGCACUAUCACACCCGAAUUAGACCAUGAGGUGUAUGUGAAAGAUUCCGAAGCAUCACCGUCGCAACCGCGAGCAAGGCGGAGGAAAACAGUUCAAAAGAUAAGAUUGAGAACAUUAGUGAUAUCUCCCGCACCACAGUUUGAACACACAAAUAAAGUGCCACAAGACGUGUUUACAUGGAGAAAAUAUGGAAUGAAAGAGAUAUUGGGCUACAAAUACCCUAGGAAUUACUACAGAUGCCGCUACAGGAAACUACUUGAAUGUAAAGCCACGAAGCAAGUUCAACAACUUAGUGAAAUUCCAGAAGUGUUUGAAGUAAUAUACAAUAAUUUACAUUCCUGCAAAAGUCCCUUAAUAGGACCAGCUCCACAACUAGUGAACUUCUCAAAGGAUAUGUCAACCACCAUGUCUCCAUCACCAACGUCAUUUCAUGAGUGGCUGUCAUCGGGGCCACAAGUCAAUUCCAUAAACUCUAUACCAGUGGUCAAGCUAGCUGCUCCUGCAGACGGCGGGUAUCAUCCUAUGAUGGAAAGCCUCGUAUGCCAUCUUGUUCCUAUCAUAAAAUCACAGGAGAUGAACAUAGUUAAUGGAGACGGAGCACUUUCACUUUCAGCACAAACAGAGGGGACAGUGGAGCUGUUAGAGAGCAUUCUGGCAUCCAACUCCGAAAAACAUGUGGACCCUUCUUUGCGUCAUUUUUUCAUGAUGAAUAACUGGAGAUAUUUAGAAGUGACAAACCAAAGAAAGGAAUUGGAUGUAAUUUUUGGCAAUGUUUGGUUCCGAAAAAACAGAGAAAAAGUCCAACAAAACUAUGAAUUCUAUCGAAGAUACUCGUGGGAUAAGGUGUUGGAAUUUUUGAAGUUGGAUAUCAAUAACUCUAUGGAAAUUAGUAUAGCAGCAGGUUCGAUGAAAGAAAAGCUCAGUUUGUUUAACAUGCACUUUAAUGAGACAUGCAAAGUUCAGUGCACAUGGUCUGUUUAUGAUGAAAAACUAAGGGAAGAAAUAAUUGCAUCUCUCAAAAACAUCUUGCUACCAGCAUAUGGAAUCUUCAUAGGGAAGUUUCAAGAUAUUGUUACAAACAAUGCUUAUGAGUAUAUUGAGUAUGGAAUGUUCGACAUUAAUGAUAUGCUUGAUAAUUUGUUUCUCGGAAACAAGAAAGACAAUUGAGUCAUUUAGUUUGUGAUCACAAAUGUUUGUGUUAAUUUUGUUUUGAUUAAGCAUUAUUUGUUUGGGAUGUGUUUUAUUUUGUUCAAUUAUGGUUUUUUGUCUUGACCUUACAAAA